GGGACGCAACCGGGAGGUCAUUCGGCGCUCGAGUCCUUCCGAGUGUGGCGGCAUGGCGAAGACUGUGGCUUAUUUCUAUGAUCCCGAUGUGGGCAAUUUUCAUUACGGAGCAGGACAUCCCAUGAAACCACAUCGGUUGGCAUUGACCCACAGUCUGGUGCUACAUUAUGGACUCUAUAAGAAGAUGAUUGUAUUUAAGCCGUAUCAAGCUUCUCAGCAUGACAUGUGUCGCUUUCAUUCAGAAGAUUAUAUUGACUUCCUUCAGAGAGUUAGUCCUAACAACAUGCAAGGAUUUACCAAAAGCCUCAAUGCUUUCAAUGUGGGAGAUGACUGCCCUGUUUUUCCAGGACUGUUUGAAUUUUGUUCUCGAUAUACUGGCGCUUCCUUGCAAGGAGCAACACAGCUGAAUAAUAAGGUCACAAGUCCAUUACAUGGUCCAAUCAGGUCACAGUCCCAACUACGGCUGGCUUUUGUCCACACCCUCCAACACCUGGUAGAGCGUGCUUGGCUUCCACAGAUUUGUGAUAUUGCAAUUAAUUGGGCUGGAGGACUGCAUCAUGCCAAGAAGUUUGAGGCUUCUGGGUUUUGUUACGUGAAUGACAUCGUGAUUGGCAUUUUGGAGCUUCUCAAGUACCACCCACGUGUGCUUUACAUUGAUAUAGACAUCCAUCAUGGAGAUGGUGUGCAGGAAGCUUUUUACUUGACAGACCGUGUCAUGACAGUAUCUUUUCACAAAUAUGGGAAUUACUUUUUCCCUGGUACAGGUGACAUGUAUGAAGUUGGAGCUGAGAGUGGCCGCUAUUACUGUCUAAAUGUACCUUUGCGGGAUGGCAUUGAUGACCAAAGUUAUAAGCACCUCUUUCAGCCAGUCAUUAAUCAAGUGGUGGAAUUCUAUCAGCCAACUUGCAUAGUGUUGCAGUGUGGUGCUGACUCCUUAGGCUGUGAUCGCCUGGGCUGCUUUAACCUCAGUAUAAGAGGACACGGGGAGUGUGUGGAAUAUGUAAAAAGUUUCAACAUUCCCCUUCUGGUAUUAGGAGGCGGUGGUUAUACAGUUCGCAAUGUGGCCCGAUGCUGGACUUAUGAAACAUCAUUGCUUGUAGAUGAAGCAAUUAGUGAAGAGCUUCCAUAUAGCGAAUAUUUUGAAUACUUUGCUCCAGACUUUACUCUCCACCCUGAUGUCAGCACUAGAAUUGAAAAUCAGAACUCAAGGCAGUACUUAGAUCAAAUACGGCAGACAAUAUUUGAGAAUUUGAAGAUGCUGAAUCAUGCACCUAGUGUCCAGAUCCAUGAUGUCCCUUCUGAUCUCCUGAGCUAUGAUCGCACAGAGGAGCCUGAUCCAGAAGAGAGAAGUUCAGAAGAUAAUUACAGCAGGCCAGAAGCUUCCAAUGAGUUCUACGAUGGUGACCAUGAUAAUGAUAAAGAAAGUGAUGUUGAAAUAUGAGGGCUGAAUCCUAUACGUUUACACUAUGUGAAAUUGUCUGGAUGAUAAGACUCUAAGGAAGCAGUAGGUUCCAGUAGAAAGAAUUGCUUGAGCACAAAAGGCAAUGAGGGUUUCUAGUCGACCUGAUCUUCAGCCAUUGUUUGUGGGAAUAAACAUUCCUCACUUCAGGUUCAUAUAAGGUUCAGGUUGUUGCUAGCUGACCCUCUUCAAUUCUCAUUCUGCAAUGACCAUCACUUUUCACAAGGCUGCUGCUCUUCAAAAAAGAACAGGAUUUGCAUAGUAUUUUGAACCAUUUUUCUUAGUUUUAUUUUCCUAAUUAGAAACCUGCAGUAAAAAGCUUACCUACACAGACAAAUUUUCAGCCUUCUAUAGCAAUGGGAAUUAUAAACAGUGAUCAGAUAAUGUUGGUGGAUAUUUUGCUUGACUAUAAUAGAAGUGGAGAAGUCAUGUUAAGUAGCACUCCAAUCAUGUGGAUUCUUUUAAAAGUUAUCUUUUGUUAAUCUUUCUGCUGGAGAUGCUACAUAUUGCAUGGCAAUAUGCCCAUUGAGAAAUUAAUUUGGAAAUUUUUUGUGACUUUUAUAGCAGAUGUCUAUAGCUUAUUGGAGAAUACUUCUGUUUUUGCUUCAGUGAAGGAAUAUUAUUAAGGGAAGAGUCCCGGACCAAAAAUUAACUUCAGUGUAUAUCUUUUGCUAUCUGUUAAAAGUCCUAUGUUUUGAUUUUCAGUAUUAUUCAUGCUUGAAUUCUAAAAGAAAGAAUCUAGGAAGGAAGGAUACUUUUCACAGAAAAAUGUAUCAUUCUCCCUUUUUACCUUAUUUAUCAUUGGCUGGUAUCUGAAGUAUUUCUUUGAAUGAACUGAAAUGGAAAGAGAUUUCCCAACCUUAAUUCCGCCUCAUCUAAUGUGGGCUUAAAUCUUUUUAAUUAAACUGCAUGUGCUGAAGAUAGUUGCCAACAUUUGAGAAGUUCUUUGCAGCUAAAACAAAAGAGAGGCAAUUGCCCUUUUCUUAUAUUUUAUCGGUGAGUUUAAAAUAUUAAACACAAUAUUUCUUA